AUCUACGGAGAUGGCCGAAGGGAAAGGGCGGUCAGACCGAGGAGAAGGAGAGCUGAAAGAAGCGCCGGUUUCGGGCUCAGCUUGCUGAGCCGCGCGCGCGACAAGCGAGAUUGCCCUGCGAGGAUUGAGAGAGAGAGAGAGAAGGACUUGCAGAGAGAGGAAGGCGAAAUGCCGGGCACGCCUUCUUCUCAGCCUCUUUCUCUCUCCCGUCCUAUUCGGAGGAGAGUUUUUCCCAACUCCGUGUGCGGCGGCGGCACACAGUCAACAACACCGCAGCAGUCGCGCCGUGUGCGAGGCGAUGGCCAGACCUGUGCGCGCAUGCAUUGAGUCAGUUGUAGUCGUGCGGCGGAGCAGCGUCGUCGUCACAAGCACGUUGCGCCUCUUCUGAAACACCGGCAACUCCGCGCGGCGGUUUCGACUUUCGUCGUCGUGGAAGUCGGUUGCGCCCGCCCAGUCUCCGUGGUUUAUUUUUUGUGCGUGUUUGAUUUGCUUUUUCUUCAUCGAACGAGUGCCGGUGUGAGUGUGCGCCGAGACCUCGGUGUCUUUCUCACGUUGUGUCCGUGACCAAUGGAGUGAAAUAGAGAGACCUCGGUCUCUUCCGUCGCCGCCUACCGCCAUGCCGAGGGACAGGACGGACGAGAAGCGGGCCAUGGCGAAGAUGUGCGAUUGGAUGUACGUCACCGACCCGAGGUUCAUGGGUCGAACAGGGCCGACCACCGUCCGCCUGGAUAUCAUGCAACAAGACAAGCAGAGGACAUCGUGCCAACAGAUACCCCUCCUAAAAGUCAGGGUUGACAAGGCGGGCUACCCGACGGAGACCGACCUGAAGCCCCCCCUGCCGGGCGGCCACCCCCACCACGAGCCCGGCAGCCCCCGUUCCGCGGUCGCCGCGCACUCUUCGUCCUCGGCCAAGCUGAAGAAGAGGCCCCUGUGCCGCUUCUGGAAGCUUCGCUUUCCCGGCUCAUCUUCCUCGGCCUCCUCGUCGCGGAGCCGCCUCGUCGCCCUGCUGGUCGCCAUCGCCACUCUAGUCCUAGUCGCCGUAGUCGCCUCGCUCGUCUACACAUUGUACACAAGGUCCAAGAUGGAUCUUAGGAAAGAAGAAAUCCGGCAAGACCCCGAAGCCGGAAGCUGGGCCGUGGAGGUCACGUUCCGAGUCACCAACCGCAACUACUCCCCGGAUCUGGUCGACCACUCCAGUAGGGCCUUCAAGUCCCUCGCUUCGGAAGUGGCACGAGCGCUAGACGAGCUAUUCUACUUAGGACCCUUAUCACAAGACUACAACAUGACGCAAGUUAUCGAAUUCAGCGCCAGCGACAGUAGCAGCAUCGGCGUCAGCUGCCGCAUCGUGCUCAACCAGCCGCUGACGAAUGCGGCGCACCACGUGGGCCUCGCGUUCAUCCAGGUGCUCGAACAAGGACACGGCAUCCUGCCCGCGGGGAACCUCCGCGUCGACAUACGAUCCUUGCACUUCACGAAUGUGAAGCCUGGUGCAGUUCCUCCUCCAGUCAUGGUGACACAUGGGCCAUCCUACUUUGACGCGGCCUGGUCUCCGUGGUCCCCGUGGAGCGACUGCACGGGCCACGACGGCCUGUGCAACCCGAACCGGCUUCGUUCGCGACGGCGCGAGUGCCGCUCGCACUACGGCCGCGGCAGCCUGUUGCCCGACAACCUGGCCUGCCUCGAGCAGGGUGGCAAGGAGGUCGAGUUCAAAAGCUGCCUCUGCCCGACCAGGGCGCCGCCCCACACGACCACGACCACCGGUGCGGACACAGCCUCGGAGGACGGUGACGACGACGACGACGGCGGCGACUCGGAGCCCGAGAGCGCAACGUCGGCUACACCGUCCACGACGCGCAAGCAGGCGACGGCGGACACUGCUUCGCAGCCAUCGAUGCCCGAUGACUGGAGGCCGUGCCACCAGUGCCAGCCGGGGGAGAUAUGCUUCAUGAGCGGCCAGGAGACCAAGCCGCACUGCGUGACGCCAAAGGACCCGAAGGAUCCCCGGGGAUGCGGCGGAUGGUGCUCGGGUCCCAACGAGCUUUGCCGACGCCUCGACAACAUCACCGUCCACUGCGUCGACGAUUCCGAAUGCCUCCACGACGAGUGGCGCUGCACGAAUGGUCUCUGCAUUCCCGAACAACGCCGCUGCGAUGGGCAUUUCAACUGCUAUGACAUGACGGACGAGUACAACUGCGAAUGCGGAAGCGACGGAUUUCACUGUAGUAACAACACUUCAUGCCUACCACUUGAUCGCCGCUGUAAUGGAUUUGUUGACUGCUGGGAUGGAAGCGACGAGGCCAAUUGCACAGCUCUCUGUCCCACCUCUCAGCACACCUGUAACAGUGGCCAGUGCAUCCCGAUGGACAACUUCUGCGACAGCUACCGUGACUGCGACGAUGGAUCGGACGAGCCGCCUGGCUGUGAUUCACCCUGCCUGGCACACCAGCGCCAGUGCCAGAAUGGCCGCUGCGUGCCAGGUUCCGUCUGGUGCGACGGCUUUGACUCAUGUGGCGACUGGCAGCGACGAGGCCAAUUGUGGGAGCGCCGCACCAUCUCGAGAUCGCAGCUCUGUAGUGCCAGCGCUCCCACCGGGCCAUUUGCUCGGCAGGCUACUGCCCAACACUCACCGAAAGGCGGCACACCCGCAGACGCCAGUGGCCAGAAGUCGCAGGUGAUAGGCUUGCGGUUACAACAACAAUGGACAGUGCGGCGCAAGCUCAGAUGCAAGCGUGGACACUUUGUGAACUUGUUGGUGGGAACAAAGAAAGGAAGAAGAGGCCUUCCUGAGCAUCCUGUGGCCUUUUUUCGGCAGAUUGCAAGGUCUUCAUGCGAUGCUUUGUCAGAAAAGCAAGAAGUCUUAAACUCGGCUGUUGCUUUGAGCACCAUCUCCAACUUACAAAGCUCCCUGCCAAGCCAGAAGACACAGCAGACAGAACAAGAUGCACAGGGACCUGUUGGAAUUUGUCACGGGAACAAAAAAGAGGGCUUUGCAGCAGUCUGAUGCACUUACUGUGGCUCUCUGUAUGGCUGGUCAUAAGGUCCCUGUACAUUUCUUUGCCAGACAGAAAGAAACAGGGAGUCAGAUCAACUUUUACAAUCUUCGCUGGUGCACUUCUGCAUGUAUAAUUUGUACAUGAACCAAGCAAAAGGCUGCAUUCUGCAUCGAGUGCAUACCAGUGCUUGACAAGAUGGAACAGACGUGAUGCCUCCAGGCAUUGCACUUUGACAGUGCAUAACAUUUGCCUGCAGUUUCCUUCAGCCUAGAGACACUGGUUCAAUAUUGUUGCUUUAACGGAGACUUGCCUUAGCCUCCUCUCCAACAUCGCAGCAGUUGAGCAGUCUGCCUUGUUGUUAAGUACGAAGUUUAUGUUCCUUUUACUGUUGUACAGAGCACCUUACCUGAUAUAUAUACCUGACACUUGCCCUGGAAGUGAUGCGCCUUGUGGCCAGCCAGCAGUCAGUCACAAUUCUGCAUUCCAGUGAUCUUCAGAAAAGCUGCAACUGGCCAUACAAGGGGAAGAGGCAUAUGUGUCACAUUAGGAACCGCUGUUUCAUCUAGUGAAAAGACCUCACCUCCAAGUGCUGUCUGCAUCAAAAGUUAACUGCUACAGGAAGUCCCAUCUGAGUGACAGUGAGCAGCCAAGUUGUCUUGCAAGCAGUGUGUGACUGUGGUGGAUGUGUUUUGAUAGAAGGACUAUGCGCACAGACAGGUGUCAGUUUUCACGUGACUGCACUUGAAACUGUUCAGUUGAGCAGGUGCAUUCCCUGGACACAUGAUGUGCUAGUGUGUGUUAUGAACUGUGUACAGGUUUUGGACUAAUUAUUUAAGAAGACAAGAGACACUUCUAUGGCAUUAUGUACUACUGUGGCUCCUAAGGAAGCCGCCUUCAGCAACAGCUUAUAGAAACUGUUUUUUGUUUACCAUGUUUAAAGAGCCUGCCGCCUUAGUGUAUGUAAUGCUUGUUCAUAAGACUGUCCAAUGUUCAUGAUUCCUCUUACUAUAACAUGGCAAGGCUGGUGUGUUCCAAAACUAGACAGUGUCAUGGAUCUUGGUCAUUUACGUUUCAUUACUGAAACAUUCCACAUUUAAUUUUGCUUUGCCUUUUAGCAAGCUCAAAAGGUUUGAGCUGACAUGCUAUAAGGUUCACUAUUUCAGUAGAACAGCUGAAUUGUUUUUACUUAUAUAACCCUUAAAUUUUCUACUGUUCUAUAUGGUCACAUUAUACACAAGCAGCCUACCUUAAUGUCACAGCACAGUAAAACUUAAGCACUGUUCUCCCAGCUGCUACUAGUAUGCUAGUCAAGUUUUUCAGCAAGCAGAGUUUGUUCCACACACAUGUUUAGGAUGUGUUGUCACGCAUGUCAGUUUGCAAGUCUGCCACAGCUGCAUUUGGUGCUAAUGAAACCAGAUUGUUAUUGCUGACAGCUUAAAGCCAAGCAAUGUCCUUCAAGAUAUCUUUAGAACUGAGUUGAGGAUACCAAAAUACGCCGGUUGUGUUUUAAGGCACGAUCUUUAAAACCAAAACAAAAUUAUAUUUAACUAAAGCAAUAAGCAGUUCAAGUGACAGGCCACAAAUGGCGCAGAUAAAUGUAAUAUCUCUGUUACAUUAGCAAUUUCAAGCGUGCACGGGUUGACGCGUAUUGAACUUCAAGCAGGUCGGGCACCACUGCACUGGCAUUUUCAAGCACGCUCGACUUAGGUUCUACUAUAGUCACUUACACUUCAUUCUCUAAAUGUUCAGUGCAGAUUGGCUCUGAGUAUUGGAAGUGCUCCUGAGACUGAGGUAUUAAUUAUCUGCAGGCACAUACGCCUGAGCAUUCUGUACUCACACAGUGCUUGACAAUGCUGAACGUGUAAAUGUGUAAUAUAAUAGUUGGCGUGCAACACUGAAGCGCUUGCACAUAGUUGAAGCCAGAGUCUCACAUUCUAAAAGCACAGCAGCUUGAAAGACGAUGUGUCCGUCCCUUGGUGCCACUUGCACUGGCAGUUGAUGCAUUGGAAGCACAAUUCACUUUCAAGGGAAACGAGUCUCGUUCUAAAAUAUAGUUCACGUUGGAGUUUUAGGGUUUGUAGCAAAAAAGGUUCCUAUGCAAGAGUGCUUGAGCAGCUUUUUUUGCCACACACACAUACACACAUACAGAGAUACCCCCUCCCUCCCUCUCCCGAGUUUCAAACCCAGAAAUUUUUGUUUGUGCAGUGUUGUUACCAUGUUGCUGAAGAUGAUGCUGAGAGAGUUAAUUUAUUUUUAUUGUAUCUCCCCUAUCGGCCACUAUGGUGUAAUAAAUGCUAUUAUGAAAGCGAAA